AUGGCUUCUCGAUCGCCCACAUUGCGAGCGUCGUCGGACCCCUUCGGUCCUGACGCGGAGAAGGAUGUUCAAACUCUCGACAAUUCCAACCUUCAUGGCGCUGCUCGUCCCGACAUUGCUCCAGGUGCUGAGAAGCGGCGUCGCUCUUCUCUAGGCGCAGCGUUUCGUCGGCAAAGCGAAUAUAAGGAAGUGGACCCGUUUGAUGACGAAGAUGGCGAUGGCGUGAAGUAUCGGACCUUGAAGUGGUGUCAAAUUAAUGGUUAUCUCCACACAGUUAUGAUUGCAGAGACCAUAUCCUUGGGCAUUCUGUCUUUGCCCUCCGUUCUUGCGACAAUUGGCAUGGCUCCUGGUGCAAUCCUGAUCGUGGGUUUGGGGGUCGUGGCCACAUACUCUGGCUAUGUAAUUGGACAAUUCAAGAUGGCGCAUCCAUGGGUUCACAACAUGGCUGAUGCAGGCUAUGUGUUAUUCAAACCCGUCGGUCCUCGCUGGGCGACCGUGAUGCGAGAAGUCUUCGGGGCAGCUCAAACGAUUUUCCUGAUCUUCAGCAUGGCAAGUCAUAUUCUGACCUGGACCAUUUGUCUUAACACUUUGACCAAUGGAGCCGCAUGCACGAUCGCCUGGGGGAUCGUAGGCUUGGUGAUUUUCUGGAUCUGCGACAUCCCUCGAACCCUCCAGAAAGUCUCGUGGCUCUCGUGCGCCAGCUUUCUCAGCAUCACCACCGCCGUAAUUGUCUGUAUGGCCGGCGUUGGUGCCAGAAAUCCGUCUCAUGGCCACUUCCAUGCAACACAAACAGCGACUUUCGCUACGGCGUUCCUCAGUGUAACAAACAUUGUCUUUGCAUAUGCUGGACACGUUGCCUUCUUCAGUUUCAUCUCGGAGAUGCGCAAUCCCGAAGAUUUUCCCAAGGCUUUGGUCCUCUUGCAAGUCACGGAUACCGCCAUGUACUUCCUCAUCGCCAUGGUGGUAUAUGCCUAUGGUGGAGACCAAGUCGACUCGCCUGCACUUGGUUCUGCGGGGACCGUCAUUGGAAAGGUCGCCUGGGGUCUGGCUAUCCCAACCAUCAUUGUUGCUGGUGUCAUUUAUGGGCACGUCGCCUCUAAGUACAUCUAUGUGCGUCUGUUCCGUGGUACGAAGCACAUGUCGCAACGAACGCUCUUGUCCGUGGGCACCUGGCUUAUCAUCACCUUGACGGUUUGGGUCAUUGCAUGGAUCAUCGCGGAAUCUAUUCCCAACUUCAACGACUUGCUGGCUCUAAUUUCCAGUCUGUUUGCCUCGUGGUUCACCUAUGGCAUCUCGGGAGUUUUCUGGUUGUUCAUGAACUGGGGUCAGUACACCAAGAAUUGGAAGAAGAUCGUUCUCACCAUUGCCAACGUGGGCUUGUUCGCAAUGGGUUGUGGGAUCUGUGGAAUGGGCUUGUACGCCAGUGGGUAUUCUAUUCAUCAGGAGUCGAGUGGGAGCAGUUGGACUUGUAUGAGUAAUGCUCAGUGA